CGUUUAUAAUUAAUUUUCGUUUGUUGAUUUAAAAAAAUAUAAUAUUCUAUGUUUUGACAAAAGUAUUGAAGGAGAUGAAUAUUUUUAUAAUAAUAGUUUAAUUUUGGAGCAGAUUUUGAGCAAUUUUAUACAAUUUUCGCUAAGCUUUGUCAAGUUGAUAUCACAAUACAUUAGCCUGCUAUGAAUUGAGAAUAACAGCCUCUGAUGAUAUGUCUUUCGUCCUCGUUUUACUAAUUAUAUUUGCAUAAAAAGAAAGGAGACAACUAUAUGAUGUACAGUUUUUAUUUUAUGAUUACUUCUAUGUAAUUUCUUGUUUUUAGGUGACUACUUGCACUGUGGUUAUUAUCAUAUUAUUCAUAGUAGUUUCUAUGGUCUGUUAUACUACUAAUUUAUAAAUUUGUUUCAUUUUCUCGCUUUAUUUAUAUUUAUAAAAGCAAAACAAAAGAAUAACUAAAGUCACCUACUGAAAUUUACAUGUUGAAAUGAACUAACUAAAUGUUGUGUGGAAUAAACAGAAAUUGAGUAAUGUAAUAAUAAUACUGUUCCGGCUCAUGUUUAUGGAUUAAUUUCUAUAAUUUUUAUCGUAUUAGUUCAAAAUCUUUGAGAUGUGUUUAUCGAAUGGUUUUACAUUUACAUUAUGGAUGAAUUAAUCUCAUUUAUUGUUAUGGGAAUUACUACACCUUGACUAUGUAUUAGAAGAAAAAAAAAUGGCAUCAUCUUCAAUAAGGAGGCUGUGUCACUGGGGUCCAAUUGCUGUAUUAGGUAUAAUAAAACUAAUAACAUGGGCAAUGGUGCAUCUAAUUGGAAUGUGGUGGCCGCCCCAGGAAUCUCUCGGAGGAGCCUUGCAUGCCGCCAUGUUCUUGGGAUUUGCUGCGGCUACACUGUAUUAUUUUCUCCAAUCCUUACUUGAGGGUCCAGGCUUUGUGCCCAUAGGAUGGGAACCGGUGAAGGAGUCUGACAAACAGUAUUUACAAUACUGUACAGUCUGUAAUGGUUACAAGGCACCAAGAUCACAUCACUGUAAAAAAUGUGGGCAUUGUGUAAUGAAGAUGGACCACCACUGUCCUUGGAUCAACUGCUGUGUGGGUCAUGCCAACCACGCUUACUUCACAUCGUUUCUGAUCGCUGCUGUCCUUGGUUGCUUCCAUGCUUCUAUAGUGCUCUCAAUUUGCAUCUACCACGCGAUCCACCGCGUGUGGUACAUCCACAACGGCACGGGCCGCGAGCCCAUGAUCUACCUGACGCUCACCACGUUGCUGCUGUCGCUCCUCGCCAUCGGAAUGGCGAUCGGCGUCGUGUUGGCUGUCGGAGCCCUCCUUUACUUCCAAAUUCGGGGCAUCCUCCGCAACCAGACGACAAUCGAGGACUGGAUCCUCGAGAAGGCUGUGAGUCGCCGCGAGGAGCAGGCGUUACCUGUAUUUGUGUUUCCAUACGACCUCGGCUGGAGGCGGAACUGGGCAGUUGUGUUUGGCUCCACAAGCAACGGUCUACAGUGGCCUAUUAGAGAGGGCUGCGGGGAAUACGAUUUGACUCGCGAGCAGCAGGCGCAGAAGAUGGAGAAGCGUCUGCGCGCGCGGCUGUUCGCGGCGGCGCGGCCGUACUCGGGGCGCUGGCUGCCGCUGCUGCAGUUCCCGGCCGCGGCCGCCGCGCCGCCCUGCAGCGACGAGCCGCGCCUGCCGCUGCGGCCCGGCCGUCUGCUGCGUGCCACGCGCCAGCGCAGACACUGGCUGUUCGGCGAGCUGGUACCGGAAGCAGGUGAUGGUGAGACGCGCGGGCCGCGCGGGUGGUUCCCGCGGGCCGCGGUGGUGCCGGUCGACCCCCCACCGCACUACCCCAACAAACACAAACCCGACUAGUACUAACGCCCGCUCGACGGUACGUACACUUGUUUGAAGAAUCGAAGAGGGAAUGGAAACCAGAGUACUGUAUUUUGAUAGGUCUCUCUAUAAAAAAAUACGAAUGGGGCAUUGACCUUGAUUUGUCAAUUCACUUCAAAGGUUAGAUUUAUUUAUUUGGGAUGACAAUGGAAUAUUAACUCCUACUAUCGAUAAUGAAAGAUUUUAUGUUUGUUUUGUAAAACAAAUUGUUAAGACCACAAAAUCUCACUACAAUUUUAUUAAUAAAGUAUUCCGUUUAUACUAAUAUGAACUAGUCGGUUAAUACUUAACACUCGGCGAGGGAUGCCUCUUAAUUUGGCGGGUUAUACGACAUUGGUCGUACAUAUUUACAAUUCGUGUAAUAAAGCUAUUAUAAACAUUGUGGUCCCCAUUAUACAGGGCGUUUUAAUUUAGUUUAUAGAAUAUUAAAUGCAAUGUAACUACUUAUUUUGGAAAUAUUAUUUCCAUUUUUAAUUUUUUUUUUUAAUUCAAUAUCUGUAAAUGAUGUCCUAUUUACUUUUUAUUUUAUUUUAAAUGUUUUUUUAGAUUUUUUUGCUAAAUAUUGUUAAUUAUAUUUUAAUGAAAUAAUAAUUAUAUUUUUACUAAUAAUAUUGUAAUUAUAUUGGCUGUGUUUUGGUUUAAUUGGUGAUAUAUGUGAUGUAGUAGGGUAUGAUAUGGUAUAGUGUAACAAGUUACUUUAAAUGAAUGGCAACGUAUGAGGAGUACCAUGAGCGUCACAGUGUGUUCUGUGAAACUGAUGGUUGCUCCGUCAGAAAGGUCGUCAGCUUGUUUGCCAUUCUAGUUCAAUAAAAAUUAUUUUAAUAAACAAGUGGUUUAAGUCUACAGAGCGAGGCUUUGUACAAGUCAUUUGCUUGGCCACCUCUGUCCUAUUCGUGUUUCUAUCGUGAAACAGUUGUGUUUGCGUGGCUGUGUUUCGGUUUGAAGGGUGGGAUAUGGCGUGAAUUUACAGGGUACAGAGGAAUAACACCUGAGUCCUUAGGAAUGGCAACGCAUGGGGGGUAUCAUGGGCGAAACAGUAUACUCUGUUAUGUCCAUGGUACUGCUUAUGUCUAUAGGCGACGGUUACCACUUUCCAUCAGCUUGUUCGCUAUUCCAAUUUGCAUAAAAACUAUUUUAAUAAAAUAACGAAUUUGUAACUGUACUGAAUUUGUAAUUUGUAACUUAAACCAUUCGUUAAGUCAAUAUAAUAUGGGAGACCAUAAAUACGUUAAAAUUUAGAUCUCGUAUCUAGUGGGUGUAAAUAACAUUGUGUAUAUGUACAUACAAGUGUAUAUUAUGUAUAUACGUAGUCUUAUAUGGGCUUGUUUUAGUCAAUUUUCUAUUUGAUGUUUUAUAUAAAUAAAAUUGUAUAUCUACUUGUGAA